GCUUCCCUCAGGUUUUACCUCAGCGGCUGUGGGGAGAGGGUCGGGCCGUCGCCAUGGACAACUCCGGGAAGGAGGCGGAGGCAAUGGCGCUGCUGGCCGAGGCCGAUCGCAAAGUGAAGAACUCGCAGUCCUUCUUCUCCGGACUCUUCGGGGGUUCGUCCAAGAUGGAGGAAGCGUGCGAGACCUACGCCAGAGCGGCCAACAUGUUCAAGAUGGCCAAGAACUGGAGCGCGGCCGGCAACGCCUUCUGCCAGGCCGCCCAGCUGCACCUCCAGCUGCAGAGCAAGCACGACGCGGCCACCAGCUUCGUGGACGCCGGGAACGCCUUCAAGAAAGCCGACCCCCAAGAAGCCAUUAACUGUCUGAUGAGAGCCAUCGAAAUCUACACAGACAUGGGCCGCUUCACCAUUGCCGCCAAGCACCACAUAUCCAUAGCGGAGAUCUACGAGGCCGAGCUGGUGGACAUUGACAAGGCCAUUGCCCACUACGAGCAGUCGGCAGACUACUACAAAGGGGAAGAGUCCAACAGCUCCGCCAACAAGUGUUUGCUCAAAGUGGCCGGUUACGCCGCCCAGCUGGAGCAGUACCAGAAGGCCAUUGAGAUCUACGAGCAGGUGGGCACCAACGCGAUGGACAGCCCCCUCCUCAAGUACAGCGCCAAGGAGUACUUCUUCAAGGCCGCCCUCUGCCACUUCUGCAUCGACAUGCUGAACGCCAAGCUGGCCAUCCAGAAAUACGAGGAGCUGUUCCCCGCCUUCUCCGACUCCAGGGAAUGCAAACUGGUGAAGAAACUGCUCGACGCCCACGAAGAGCAGAACGUCGACAGCUACACCGAUUCGGUGAAGGAGUACGACUCGAUCUCGCGGCUGGACCAGUGGCUGACCACCAUGCUCCUGCGGAUCAAGAAGACCAUCCAGGGCGAGGAGGAGGACCUGCGUUAGCCCCCUCUCCCCUUGGGGCAUCCUCCCACCACGGCGUGCCCAGCUCAUUUUCCCUGGGGGGUGGAGGGUGGGGCGGGGGGAGGACGUGGAGUGGAGAUUUGAGACCUUUUAACCCUUUUUCUCACCGCCCCCCCCCCCCCAAAAAAGCUGCUUUUUAAAUGCAAUGAUAGGUUAAAAAAACUUAGCAUUUGGGGGAAGGACAGGGUUCAGUAUUGACACUUCUCUCAAGUGGAAUCCUUCCUCUUCCACCCCCUCCCUAUUUAAAGCCUGGGGGGUCCGGGGCGUGGGUGUGUGCUGUGCCCCCCGCCGCGGAAGAAGGAAAGGGGUCUCCUUGCCUAAGUGCCCCCAACUCUUCCCCAGCUGCCCGAGGGCAUGGAACAGGCACCCGAGGCCCGGUCCCAGUUAUUUGGUACAUGGGCCUGUUCCCAACCCUUCCCCCCGGCCCCCUGCCAUACCCCCUUGCCCCUCUUCCACCCCGCUCCCUUCUCGAAGAGCGGAGGGGCCGGGGGGCCUACGGAGAGGACAAUGCCACCGUCCCCCUCGGGCUCGGUGUCCGGAGCUCCCUGCCGCAUGCCUCACCCGAUCCCAUGGCCGCAUCCCCCCGCCAGGCUUGGGCGGACGCCUGCUCCAAAAAAAGGGAUUAAAAAUUUGGCACGAAUGA